UGCUUAGAAACAUGAAUGGUUGAGAAAUCAAAAGACUUGUCCCUAAUACAACAGCACCCUCUUUCAAGCACAGACACUGUAAUUUUUAAACAGCUGCAUUGUACCACGCAAAAGCUCUGCCAAGCAUUUGAGCAAAAUGAAGGUAACGAAGAUGAAGAAUUUUUACCCACCGGAGAAACAUCUGUGGAUUCCUACCCAAAUUGGUUGAAAUUCCACAUUGGUAUUAAUCGGUACGAGCUGUAUUCCAGACAUAAUCCUGCAAUUGAGGCUUUGCUACAAGACCUAGUCUCCCAAAAGAUAACAAGUGUUGCCAUGAAAUCAGGAGGCACUCAACUAAAACUGAUCAUGACGUUCCAAAAUUAUGGACAAGCAUUAUUUAAACCAAUGAAGCAAACCAGAGAACAGGAAACUCCACCUGACUUUUUUUACUUCUCAGACUAUGAAAGGCACAAUGCCGAAAUAGCAGCAUUUCAUUUGGACAGGAUCCUAGAUUUCCGUCGUGUUCCACCCGUUGCUGGCAGACUGGUUAAUAUGACCAGAGAAAUAAGGGAUGUCACUCGUGACAAGAAACUGUGGAGGACAUUUUUCAUCUCACCAGCAAACAACAUCUGCUUCUACGGGGAAUGUUCAUACUACUGCUCAACUGAGCAUGCUCUUUGUGGAAAACCAGAUCAAAUUGAAGGUUCUCUGGCGGCUUUCCUACCUGACCUAUCGUUAGCUAAAAGGAAAACCUGGAGGAAUCCAUGGAGACGUUCCUAUCAUAAACGGAAGAAAGCGGAGUGGGAAGUUGACCCAGAUUACUGCGAAGAAGUUAAGCAAACACCACCCUAUGACAGUGGGACCAGAAUUUUGGACAUAAUGGAUAUGACCAUUUUUGAUUUUCUAAUGGGAAACAUGGAUCGACAUCACUAUGAAACUUUUGAAAAGUUUGGAAAUGAAACAUUUAUUAUCCACUUAGAUAACGGAAGAGGGUUUGGAAAAUAUUCCCAUGAUGAGCUUUCCAUAUUGGUGCCUUUAAACCAGUGCUGCAGAAUAAGGAAGUCUACCUAUCUGCGAUUACAGUUAUUAGCCAAGGAGGAGUACAAGCUAAGCCAUUUGGUGGAGGAAUCCUUACUAAAAGAUAAAGUAGCACCCAUUCUCUACCAGCCUCACUUAGAGGCAAUGGACAGAAGGCUACGGAUUGUUCUUAAAGCCGUUAGUGACUGUAUAGAAAAAGAUGGUUAUGAUAAUGUGGUUGAAAAUGACUUUGACACUGAUGUUAACACUAUAACAACUAACAGGUAGUGAAAUCAUAUGACUACAUUUUUACUAGCAAAGUAAAGAAGAUAAAAAAAAGUCUUGCAAAAGACUGUGUAUGCCACUUUGUGAAUUCAGUGAAUUCAGAAAUGAGAUAUAAUUGUUCCCAAAGUAGGUAAAGCAUAGACUCUGCGAAGGCUUAGUUAAUUAAGAAAAAUAAGUCUAAUGUGAUGCUUUUAAUUAGUUCCUAAAACAGAUUAUGAAAAGGUUUGGAAAUUGAGAUCACUGGCAGAUGACACUAGUCUCAUGGCAAAACACCUCCUGCCCUUUUUUUGUAUAGGAAGGGGGCCUUUAUUUAAUAUUUUGUAUUUAUAUAUGGCAUAUCUAUGAAAUACCACAGACCUACCUACCAAAUCUAACAAAAGAGGGACAGCAUAGUUUUGUGACUCACACUUUAUUCUUGGUGACAGUUCACUUAGUAUUUUGUGUUAACCCUUUAAGUGUUCUACUUCACUGUACCUAAUUUAAAUUGAAUGCUUUUUUUCAGCUACUCAGCAUUUAAAGGGUUAAGACAUCAUGAACUUUUAAAAGCAAAAAAAAAAAAGGUACAGUGAUGAGCUGGAAGGAGAUUUCAAUAAUUGUGCAUUGACAGGAAUACUUGAAAGUUGAUUUUACAAAGUGAUGUAAAAUGACAAGUUGUACUAUUUAUCCAUCCAGAGGUAGCAGCUCUUAUCUUUCUAGAUUAUUGUAGUAGGGCUGCUACUUUUCAACUUUUGCUUUUGAUAGUUUUGUGUAAAUAUAUACAUAUAUGGGUAAAAGCUGCUUUCUGCAGCUCUAGGCUUACUUUUGCAGCAUUUUUGUGGAAUUGUUUGCAACGUGGUAAAAGUGCAAUAAAGAUAUGGCAAAUGUGUAGCCAGACUGUC